GAGGUGCUGGGCACCGGCCGUGAAGAGCCAGCCCGCUCACUCGGCGCCGCGCCCGCCCGCCCGGGCCCCGCCAGCCAUGCGCCCCACCGAGCCCUGGAGCCCCAGCGCGGGGCCGGCGUCCUGGGACUACUCGGGCUCGGGCGCCCCGGCGGAGCUGGAGCUGUGCGCGGCGGGGGACCUGCCCUACGGCUACGUCUACAUCCCCGCGCUCUACCUGGCGGCCUUCGCCGUGGGCCUGCUGGGCAACGCCUUCGUGGUGUGGCUGCUGGCGGCGCGGCGCGGCCCGCGGCGGCUCGUGGACACCUUCGUGCUGCACCUGGCGGCCGCCGACCUGGGCUUCGUGCUGACGCUGCCGCUGUGGGCGGCGGCGGCGGCGCGCGGCGGCCGCUGGCCCUUCGGCGAGGGCCUGUGCAAGCUCAGCAGCUUCGCCCUGGCCGGCACGCGCUGCGCCGGCGCCCUGCUGCUGGCCGGCCUCAGCGUCGACCGCUACCUGGCCGUGGGCCGCCCGCUGGCCGCGCGCGCCUGGCGCACCCGGCGCUGCGCGCUGCUGGCGUGCGGCGGCGUCUGGGCCGCGGCGCUGGCGGCCGGCCUGCCCUCGCUGGCCUUCCGCGGGCUGCGGCCGCUCCCCGGGGGCCGCGGCAGCCAGUGCGGCGAGGAGCCGUCGGACGCCUUCCAGGGCCUGAGCCUGCUGCUGCUGCUGCUGACCCUCGCGCUGCCCUUGGCCGUCACCGUCGUCUGCUACUGCCGCGUGUCCUGCCGCCUGCGCCGCCCGCCGCACGUGGGCCGCGCCCGGAGCCGCUCGCUGCGCAUCAUCUUCGCCGUCGAGGGCGCCUUCGUGGGCUCCUGGCUGCCCUUCUGCGCCCUGCGCGCCGUCUUCCACCUGGCGAGCCUGGGCGCGCUGCCGCUGCCCUGCCGCCUGCUGCUGGCGCUGCGCUGGGGCCUCACCGUCGCCACCUGCCUGGCCUUCGUCAACAGCUGCGCCAACCCGCUCAUCUACCUGCUGCUGGACCGCUCGUUCCGCGCGCAGGUGCGGCGGCGCGGGGCCUGCGGGCGCGCCGACAGCGGGGCGCGCGGGGGCAGCUCGGCCUCCUCGCUCUCCGGGGAGGACGGCUCCCCGUUCCGGAGCCCGGCCCGCGGUCGGGGCCGAGCCCAGAGGGAGUACGCGCCCUCGGCCAUUCCGUAGCCGCCCGGCCCGGCCCCGGGGAGUGGGCGGCAGCUGAGCGCGGAGCGGCGGCAGGCUUGGCAAGGUGGGCUGGCCUCCCUCCCCGCCCGGCUUCCCCGGACCUGCUUCCCUGAGAGCUAGAGCGCGGGCUGCUCCGACGGCACGGUCUGCACUCAGGGUCUCCUUCACCAGCUUUCCCAGAGCCUCAGCGUUUUGAACUUCCCCCAAGCCAGGCCGCUGAGACCAGCUCUUCUCUCCCUCUGCCCACGGGACACCUGGGCUCAUUUCCUCCAGUCCAGUGAAGGUCCUGUGAGAUGGAGCCGACAGCAACACGAGCACCGUGUAGGGGAAAGGGAAGUGGGCCUUCCUUCAGCACCCCGUUGGCGACAGCACCGGCCAGACCCCACAGAAGUCAUCCAUGUCUUGGGCUGUGGGUUCUUUCGUCCCUGGCAAUGGCACUGCGUUUGAGAAAUAAUCUUCUCCAGGUCAGGCCCUCUGGCCCCUCGCUUUCCAAAGAAUCCUACAGACGAUGGAACCGACAGCCAUUUACAGGCAGUCAUCUCGGUGACUGACAUCACCUGUCAUCAGUCACCAUCAGUUCAGAUCUUAUCAAAGCUCUCCAAAGCCUGGGAACCAGCCCACUGUCUCCUGCCAGCUGCCCCAGAAGCCCAGGCUUGCCGGGUUUUGUGCCUUCUCCCCUCCUCCUCCCCCCGAAGCGGCAGGACUCACCCUGGAAGCUAUCCUGACUUCCCCGGGGCAGAGGGAUCUGGAAAGUCCACCCCUCAGCCGGGGCGCCAGGACCGUCCCUGUGAGUUCCCCUUUCUCAAUAAAUGCUGUUGCUGCCUCUUCUGA